CGAUGUAAUUCACAUUGCAACAUGAAUGACUAGCGGCGAGAGAUGAGUGAAUGCUGUGCAUGCUAAUUCCCCGUACAUGCAGCCACUAGGGAUCGCAAGAAAGAAAAUAGAACAGCUACCCAUCGAUGUGAGGAGCGGCUCGGGCACCAUGUCGGCAACCACCACAGAUCUGCACUUCUCCAACGGCUGGAAUUCUAUCGAAGUGACCUUUCGAGGUGAUCGUCCUGACCAAUGCUUUCUGCUCAUCUCUGAGCAUCCAAUCGCGGCUUUCUACAGCGGAAUUAUAUACAUACGCUCUCCGGUAUCCCAGCAUGUAGCGGGCACUGCAAUGAGUAGAAGCACGACCGCGAAGCCCGCCAGCUAGUGGCCAGAAUGCCAUCAACCGCCGGCUCACGGUGACAUCGAUGUGUCUGGAUCGUCCCUAUUACCAACCCAGGUAGUCGAUGAACUUGAAGAGAUGCGGGACAAAGCACAUGCAACAGCACGCACCGUGUUUCGAAAAUUUACCCGAUCCAAUUGGAAGUCGAACGUAAUUCUAUGCCUGCAUCUCGUCCAUUAUUCGUGGGCGGUCUCGUGUUUCGGGAAAUCCCCCGGUCCACUUGGAAGUAGCUAGUAUACCUGCAGCUCGUCCAUUAUCCGUGGAUCGUCCCCAUCAUGUGUUUCAAAAUUUACCCGGUCCAAUUGGAAGCAGAACGGAGGUCUACCCGCAUCUCGUCCAUUAGUAGUCGACAUCUAGCCUGGAUCGUCCCUACUUGUUACUUACCCAGGCGUUCAACGAGAAGUGCGGCACAAAGUACAACAGGGCACGCACCGUGUUUGAGAAAAUUCCCCGGUCCAUUUGGAAGUAGAACUCGUUCGUCAUUCGUGGAUCACCUCGUGUUUCAGAAAAUUCCCCGGUCCAUUUGGAAGUAGC